AUGCAGACACUAGACGGGACUAUCCCUUGUUGUGUAGUUUCCCCGGUUCUGGCCGCGCUCUCCUUUGGCGACGACCCCGUGAACGCCGGGGACGCCGCGGCGGUGCAGUGCUCGGUCGUCAAGGGCGACAUGCCCGUCAACAUUACGUGGAGCAAGGACGGGAAGGUGAUCUCGAACGGGGACGACGGCGUGGACAUCAGCAAGGCUGGGCAGCGGAUCAGCACCCUGGCCAUUGAGCCGGUGGCGGAGCGACAUCGCGGGACGUACAAGUGCACAGCCUCCAACAGGGCGGGCGCCGAGAGCCAGUCCGCCAGGCUGGACGUGCUGGGUAGGGUCUCGGGCAUGGACCGGGCAUGGCUGCAGUAG